AUGUGUGAACUCUAUUUGAUUGACAGUAUCAUUGAGUUGUGCGUUGAGAGCGAGAAAGGGAUCACCGAAAAGAUGUUGAAGAUUGCGAUGAAUGGCGUGAAUCCUCUGCUCAGAGCGGAUGCCGUCAACCAAUUGUUGGCUCAAAACAAGAUCGAGAUCUGCAAACAAGGAUCACAACUGCUCUUCAGGAUCAAAGACAACAACACCACUAAAGGCUUGUUUAUGAUUUCGUCAAGAGCCUCCAAUAAAGGCAUUUGGAUCAGAGAUAUCAGGUUUCAGUCAAACUUAUCGCAAACACAACUCAAUAAAGUGCUGAAGAAUAUGGAGACCAAGAAAAUGAUUAAAUCCGUCAAAUCGGUGACCGCUUCCAAGAAGAAGGUAUAUAUGCUGUACGACAUCGAGCCGGACAGGUCUGUGACGGGCGGCUCGUGGUAUAGCGGAUCCGAUUACGAGUCCGAGUUCAUCGAAGUCUUGGCUCAACAGUGUCUGCGGUUUCUCUGGGAAAAGUCAAAUAAAGUGAAAGAAAGCGAAAAGAAUCCGAUUUUGCGUCAAAACAAGUCAUUCGUCACCUCAACAGAAGUCCUUCAUUUCAUUAAAGAUCUCGGAAUCAGUAAAGUAGAGCUCAGUGUCGAUGACAUCGAAAGCAUUCUAAACACUCUUGUCUUUGAUGGCAAAGUCGAUAAACACGUGUCGGUCGACAACACCAGUAAAGACACGAACAAAUUAUAUCGUUAUAUCGAAACUCUCGGAAAAGAUACCGGUUUUAUGCGAAUGCCGUGCAGUGUGUGUCCCGUCUAUAAGGACUGUCACAUCGAUGGACUCAUAUCUCCACUGAAGUGUCUUUACCUUAAAGAAUGGUUCGAAACGUGA